AUAAACAAAACAUAUUCAAACACAAUGAUCACAUAGUCUACAAUUUUCUUCUUUUGCUUUCAAUCUUUCAAACUACAAGUUCACGUCUCCAUUUGUUAAAGCACACAAAACAUCUCUCAAAUUCCUUCAAGGGUUUUGCAGCAAUCAUCUUCUUCCGAAGUGGGUAACCUUUUACUAAACAGAUCUACCUGUCAUCAAGCCUAAAAAUCAGGCUUUUGAGCCCUCUUCAAAAGUUCAAAGUUCACGUUCAUGUCCUCCUGCCAGCGUUGCAUAAAAGAUCGAUCAUGGAGUUCUGGGUGGUUGCAGCAGCUACUGGUGCAGGUUACGUGGCCAAGCAUUGGCAGAACUUAUCAGGGGAGAAAGAUGGCUCAUCAAAGCAGUCACAACCUCUGCCAUCGCCACGCCUGCAACAAGACGCACGCCAAGUGUUCGACAAAAUACCUGACCCAGUUUUCCCAUUGCCAAAGUUAGCAAAAAGAUGCUUGUUAGACAGAGAUGUUGAUCAGGUUUCAGGUUCAACUUCAACCUUUAUCGAGAAACGAGUAGAUCAAGAUCACACAAAUGAAAUCAACGGAAAACAAGAGUACUUAGACACAUCUUCUGACAAUCGUUUACACAAAUUCAAAACCAAGAACAUGAACAGAAAACCAUUCACGAGUCUACGGCCCUUAGUGGUAACUGGUAACAACAAAGACUCAAAAGAUCAUAAGGUCGUGUUGAUGGAAGAAAAAGAAAAUGGCAAUGGUGCAUGUAUAGACGACUCACCAUUCUUGGAACAACCAAUUGGAUCAAUGAAGCUUCCAAAAAGACAAAACGAAAAUUUUGACAUGGUGUUGUUAUUUGUUGGUAUUACAAUGGGGAUACUAUCGGGUACUUUUACUAAUCAAAAAGAAAUCGAGCAUCUAAAUGAUUUGCUAGAACAAGCUGAGAAUAUGGUUAAAGAUUUACACUCUAAACUUGAAAUAAAAGAUGGAUUUACCACAAAGAAGCUUGAAAUCGAGCCAGAUGUAACUGCAAUUAAUAGUCCAAAAGGGGAAAAGUUUGAAAAGUUUGAGUUAACAAGUGACAUUGAGGCAGAACUUGAGGCUGAGCUUGAGAGGUUGGAAGAAAAUAUGAAGAGUUGCACAACGCAAAGAUUGUCUAAUGUUGUUGAGAUUGAUUCAGACUUUGAAGCAGACAUGGCUAGAGGAGAUCUGAACCUAGAUACAGUCACUUGGCAACUCGAUAGCCAAUCAUCCGAAUCAGAUCCCAGGGGCAAAACUGGAAAAAGUAGCAAAAGUGAAAACACCAACCGCGUUUUCACUCCAAACUACGCAGUUUCAUCAAUAGACUUACAAUUACGCCUUCAUGAAGUAAUCGAAUCCAACCUCGAAGCACGUAUCAAGGAACUCGAGUCACUUCUCAAAAAUCAAAAUACCCAAAAUACCCCUCGUUCACAUUCACCAUGCCCACAAGAAGAAAACUCUUUCUGGGACUUUGACCACACCAGAAUCGAAUCUUUUUCAUCAACCCCUUAAAAGAAAAAGAUCAUAAAGUACAACCAUAUGUACAAGUACAUAAUGAAAGGGGUAUUGGGAAUUGUUUAUUUUUAUAUAAAAAAAGAAGAAGAAAUGAAAAUCUAGAGAGGGAAAACUUUCUUAUGUUUGAAAUAAAACAAGAAACAGAUAUACAAAACUCCACAUAAACUUGCACUGAUGGAAACAACCCAAUUGAAUCUAUUUGGCUCGUUGAAAACAUCAUCUUCAAAGUUCAUUCCAAAUACAGCUGUCACAACUGCAAAUACUGUUGCUAAAAAUGUAGCAGCUGUUAAAAGCAGCUCGAAUUUAAUCAGCUUGUUUUGAACAUUUCCCUAUUUAAUUAUAUAAUAUAAACUUCCAUUAGAAUCAAUAAUCAUGAAACAGAUAUAAGUUCAUGGUCAUAGAAAAUAUGGUUUGCUUACAAGCUUAAUGUUGAUGAGAUCUUCAGUGUCAUCGAUAUAUUCCUUGAGCUACAAUUGGAUAAUUUCAAUGAUGUUAAAUCUCAUGGUAGAUGUC